UCGCGCGCGCGAACGAACGCCGACGCGACGAACGACGUGAGCGAACGACGCGAGCGAUGGAAGAGUUCACGUCCGCGUUAAUCUACGCCCCCGCCAAGGCGUUCGGCGACGGCGACGCCGCGCGCGACGUGCGCGCGCGCGUGCGAUGCGCGCGCGCGAUGCACGCGACGUCAUCGUCCGCGGUGACGAUCGCGGACGGCGUCGCGAACGGCGCGGCGAUGAGCGCCGGAACGACGCCGCGGACGAAGGCGAAAGUGAACGCGCGCGACGCGCGACGCGUCGUGCGAUGCGCGGCGGUCGGGGACUGGAUCGUCGCGGCGAGCGGGACGGACGCGCGCGCCGUCGGGACGACGCUGGCGGAGGCGCGCGCGAGCGCGGAGGGCGGCGCGGCGCGCGUGGAGGCGAUUCGAGACGCGCUUCGACGGGUGACGACGAAGGAAACGACGACGCCGUUUGCGGUGAUCGCGUUCGACGGCGCGACGAAGCGCGGAUUCGCGGUGAGACACAAGGACGGGCUUCGGACGAGGUACGGGCACGACGAGCGAGGCGCGCUCGUGCUCGCGCUCGGGGACGACUUUGAGAACGGCGAUGCGUUGGAAGAGCUGUGCGCGGGGAGAUUCAUCUUCGGACACGGCUACGUCAAGCCGAUGGAGUACGGGGCGUUCUGGAAGAGCGCCAAGAGCACUCGCGCGGGGUCGCCCGCCAAGGCGGCGCACGGCGAGGCGAGAUCCGUCCCGCGCUCGCCUCUGGGCGUCGUCAAGACGAACGCGCCGCGCGCGGAAGCGAGCGCGCGCGCCUCUUCGCCGAACGCGUACGUGCCGCCGGCGCGUCGCGCGGCUUUGGCUGAAGAAAAGAGACGAGAGGAGGAAGCGCGCAGAAAGAGCGAAGCCGUCGAUCGGGCGCUCGCGGAAACCCUGCAAAACCAAGAGCGCGUGGCGUCGGCGCUCGGCGGUGCGCUCGCGAGCGCGCUCAUGAAGGCGGUGUCUCGCGCGAGCUUCUCCAAGGACGAGAGCAUGAACGAAGUCUCUCGAUUCCACGCCGCUCGAUUGAGCCGCCAAAACAUCGAGGCGGCGUCGAGCUUCUACGCUCCCGCCGCGCCGGCGUCGACCGCGCCGCGAGUCGCCUCGCGAGCGUCCAUCGACUCCUGCGCUCGUCUCUCCAUCGAAAGCCAUCGCGAAUCGAUGGAAUUCCUCCGUCGCGCCGCGUGCUGAGACGCGUCGCCGCUACGAUUUAAACGCCGCCGCCGCUUUGUAACAACACG